AUGAGAUUGCUAGAUAUUGGCUCCAAUGAUGUAAGGAUUGUUGGUAUCCAUGGCAUGGGAGGUAUUGGCAAGACAACUAUUGCCAAGUUCAUCUAUGAUGCUCUCAAAGGGAGCUUUGAAAGUCAUAGCUUCCUUGCAGAUAUUCAAGAAACAGCGCAGCAAUUUUAUGGUCUUGUUGAGUUGCAGAAAAAGCUUCUCACUGACACCCUAAAAUGGUGUCCCGACAUUUCUCAUGUUGAAGGUGGAAUGGAUGUGAUUAAAAACAUAUUUCGCACAAAGAAAGUUCUUGUUGUUCUUGAUGAUGUGAUUGAAAGAUCUCAAUUUUCCUGGCUUGUGGGAAAGCAUGACUGGUUUGGUUCAGGAAGUAGGAUCAUAGUUACAAGUAAAGACAGGAAUGUUUUAGAUGAUAUUAAAGUGGAUGCAAUUUAUGAACCUCCAUUUAUGAAUUAUAUGCAAUCUCUUCAACUUUUCAGUAUUCAUGCGUUUAGAAGGAAGUUUCCUCCAGAAGGCUAUGUUAGUUUCUCUAGAGAGAUUGCAUCUAAUGCUGCAGGGCUUCCUCUAGCUCUUGAGGUCAUCGGUUCGUUUCUUUCUAACAAAGAGAAAGUGGUAUGGGAAUAUACAUCGUGGAAGCUGAAAAAAACAUCUCAUGAUGAAGUUGAGAGAAAGUUGAGGGUAAGCAUUCAGGGAAAACAAAAGUUGAGGGUAAGUUAUGAAGCAUUAAGUUAUCCGCAACGACAGAUAUUUCUUGAUAUUGCAUGUCUUUUUACUGGGAUGGAUAAAGCAACUGUAUUUUAUAUGUGGGAUGAUUGUGGCUAUCAUCCAGGAAAGGAAUUUAAUGUCCUUUGUCUCACGUCUCUUGUAAAAGUGGAAAAAGAUACUAAUGAGCUGAGGAUGCAUGAUCAGUUCAGAACUCUUGGUAGGAAAAUCAUUUAUGAAGAAAAGAUUUUGGGAAAGCGUAGUAGGUUGUGGAACCAUGCGGAUGCCUUGGACGUAUUGGUGGGACGGAGGGGAACGGAAAAGGUUGAAGCCCUAAGUCUUUGCUUUGAAUUGGGGUCUGGAAUGAAGCCACGCUUUACAAGUAAGGAAUUUGCAAAACUAGCAUCUCUAAGGUAUCUCCGAGCUGAUGGCAUAGAGCUUGUUGGGGAUUUUGAGGAUCUGUUUCCCUGUUUAAGAUGGCUUCGUUGGCGUGGUUGCCCUCCGCAUUUUAAACCAACCAAUUUUCAUUUGAAGAAUCUUGUCAUUCUUGAUCUAUCUGAUAGCAGCAUUACAGAGAACUGGGGGGGUUGGAAUCAAAUCAAGAUGGCAUAUAAGUUGAAAGUUCUACGACUGGCUAAUUGUGCUUUAAAGAGAACUCCAGACUUUUCAUCAUACACAACUCUAGAGAUAUUGAUUCUUCGACGCUGUAGAAGUUUGGUUGAAAUUGAAUCCAUUAGUAAUCUGAAGAAAUUAAAAGUGCUGGACAUUUCAUAUACUGAUAUAAGGAAGUUACCUGAUGAAAUUUUGAUGUUAGAGAAUCUGAAAGUAAUUGGAAACAUUGUUAGAGAAGUUGAAAGCGAUUGA